UUGCCGUGUCACAAGUUCUACUUGAUGCGGGUGCUAAUAUUUCAGAGCGCACUAAAUCGGGAUAUACACCACUUCAUAUUGCUGCCCACAAUAAUCAAAUCAAUGAAAUUAAAUUAUUACUUGAAAAUGAUGCCAAUAUUGAGAUGACCACUACAGUGGGUUACACGCCACUUCAUCAAGCAGCCCAGCAAGGCCAUACCCUGGUCAUUAAUCUGCUGCUUCGACAUAAGGCCAAUCCUAAUGCUGUUACAAAAAAUGGACAGACAGCUUUAGAUAUUGCUAAUAAUCUAGGUUACGUAACUGCUGUGGAGACUCUAAAGGUCGUAACGGAAGUAUCAGUAAUUGAUAUAACGACCGGAGUGUUGGAGGAAAAAUACAAGGUGGUCGCUCCAGAAUUUAUGCAUGAAGCACUGCUAUCUGAUUCCGAGGAGGAAGGUUGUUGCGACGAAAUUUUUGAUCAUAAUCAAUACAAAUAUAUGGCUACUGAAGAGUUGAGAAACACAACUGAUGAUCAUGAUAAUAAUAACUUUGAUACCACUAAUCCAGGGCACGAUUUGCUGGAUGGAUCGGCUUUUGCGCCUGUAAACGAAACAGAAAAUUCGAAAAUAAAUGAUUUAAAUUUGAAUGCAAGUGCAGAAAAGAAGUCGGAUAAUGUAAAUGUCGUCCGACCUAUUCAUUUGGGAUUUCUCGUUUCAUUUCUGGUUGACGCGCGAGGCGGCUCAAUGCGUGGUUGUCGUCACAGUGGUGUUCGCAUUAUUGUUCCACCCAAAGCUUGCGCAGAACCAAUGCGAAUCACUUGUCGUUACGUCAAGCCACAACGUGUUGCUAACCCUCCCUUGAUGGAAGGUGAGGCAUUGGUGAGUCGCAUAUUAGAAAUGUCACCAACCGAGACUACAUUUCUAAGCCCAAUUAUUUUGGAAGUGCCGCACUUUGGGUCAUUGCGUGAGAGGGAGCGGGAGAUCAUUAUAUUACGAUCGGACAACGGAGAAAGUUGGCGCGAGCAUUGCUUAUACGAUAAUGAGGACCAUCAAUUGAAUGAAAACAUAGAUACCGAAUUGAAUCCCUUAGAGGAUUUACACACCAACCGCAUCAUUCGCAUUGUUACUCACAAUUUACCGCAUUUCUUUGCCGUGGUCUCUCGUAUCCGUCAAGAGGUACAUGUCAUUGGACCAGAUGGCGGCACUGUUUGUUCUACAUCUGUUCCCGAAGUCCAAGCUAUAUUUCCAUCACAUGCACUAACCAAAAUACGCGUAGGACUGCAAGCGCAACCAGUCGAUUUAAUUGGAUGCUCGAAGCUUUUGGGACAGAGCGUAGCUGUCUCGCCUGUGGUUACUGUUGAGCCACGUCGCCGUAAGUUCCACAAAGCAAUCACAUUGAGCAUUCCAGCACCACAAACCUGCAAUCAGGGCAUGGUAAAUGCAUCCUAUGGAGCCAUGAAUGCACCUACACUACGGCUUCUGUGUUCCAUAACUGGUGGUCAGAAUCGUGCUGUUUGGGAGGAUGUAACAGGAUCAACGCCAUUGGCUUUCGUCAAAAGCAGUGUUAGUUUCACCACUACGGUGUCAGCGCGAUUUUGGUUAAUGGAUUGCCGUAAUGUUUCCGAUGCUGGACGUAUGGCAACAGAGCUUUAUGCAUACAUGGCACAAGUACCAUUUGUCGCCAAGUUUGUGGUGUUUGCCAAGAAAAUUUCAAGCACAGAAGCAAAGCUAUCUGUCUUUUGUAUGACGGACGACAAAGAGGAUAAGACACUCGAGCAACAAGAGUACUUUAAAGAGGUAGCCAGAAGUCGUGAUAUUGAGGUUCUGCAAGAUCAAAAUAUUUAUCUUGAGUUUGCUGGUAAUUUGGUGCCCAUGCUGAAAUCGGGAGAACAAUUAAAUACAAAAUUUCAAGCUUUUCGCGAAAAUCGCUUAUCCUUCUUAGUUCACAUUAAAGACCAAGAGCAAUCCCUGAGUCGCAUCAGCUUCAUGAGCGAACCGAAAGUGCGACCUGGUGAGCCGCCAUUGGAGCCCAUGUGUGCUCUAAACAUAUCGCUCAGCCCCGAUGUUUUUAAUAAUGAUCGCCAACACGAAUGUCAAACUAUAAGUAAUUAUAUAUAUAACAAAGAUCAAGGUCUGACCUAUAAGGAUCUGAUAAAUGCCGAAAUAAAAGCCAGUUCUAAAGCAAUUUCUAUUGAUGCACUUGAAAGAAUACAAUGUGCUGAUAUGAAAUUGUCUGAUAUAUCUAACUUGAUUGGCAAUGAUUGGCCUCAUUUGGCUAAACAUUUGGGUGUUCCACAAACCGAUAUCGAUCUGGUUAGAGAUGAGUAUGCUGAUAAGGAUGAUGAACAACAAUGUUUAAUGAUGCUAAGACUUUGGAUAUCACAAAAUAGUUCGACUGCUACUGGUAAUUCAAUGUCGCAGGCUUUAGAUCAAAUGGGACGAAACGAUAUUGUAGAGCAGUGCAUGUUCAACUUACAUCCAGUCACGGAUCAAUUGGAACGGGGAUUAGCUACAAUGAGAAUGCAGUCACCUCAACAAGAACUUUCUAACGAUGGUGCUGGUGAUUUAUUGAACGGGAAAAUAACCAACUCAAUGGAAUUUCAAUCAAAUAAUGCAUUAAUCGAAUCGAAUAACGACAAUGACGAAGGUAGAACUAUACCGAAAUCCGAGCUACAAGAGAUAAAGACGGUUUAAACAAGAAAACAAUAUAGCGGAACUUUCGGAUGGAUACCAUAUCACAAAUAUUUUCAUCUUGGUAUAUGACAAGUUUUUGUUACCAAACCCCAGUUAAAUAGUUAUUUGGCUCCAAUGUUUCUUAUUUAUUUAUUUAUUCGUGUAUUCAGUAACGGUUUCUAAUAAUUCUGCUAAACAUACUGUCAAACUGUAAAACUCACACUAUAAUAUAUAUUAUAUAUUGUGCAUUGUUAUUAAAUAAAAACGGUACAUAAAUAAAUUUAUCAUUGCUGAGGCAGGCUUAAAGGGA